CCCGGCCCCGCGCCCGCCUCGCGCCCGGCGGACGCCCCCGCCACGACCCCCCCGCACCCCCGAGCCCGACGGGACCCCCGGAGCCACCCCCUUAGCCCCCCGGAACGCCCCCGGCCCCUCCCGAGCCGCGGAGCCGCCGAGUCCCUGCGGGAGCCCCCAUGGAGCAGGACGAGCCAGACGUGGUGGAGCUGCAGGAUUCGGACGAGGGGGACGUGGUCCGGAGGGUCUUCAUUGCCGACGAUGGCAUCGUGAGCGACGGCGAGGCCGAGGUGCUGCCGCACGAGAUCAUCCGCACGGUGAUCCCACACAGCCCCCUGCGCCCCCCGCCGCCCCGCGGGACCCCCGGCCCGGCCCCGGGGGGCUCCGAGGAGGGCGGGGGGCGGCGGGGCGGGGGCCGCCAGCGCCCCUUCAUCUGCAACGAGUGUGGCAAGAGCUUCAGCCACUGGUCCAAGCUGCUGCGGCACCAACGCACGCACACGGGCGAGCGGCCCAGCACCUGCGGCGAGUGUGGCAAGAGCUUCUCGCAGAACUCGCACCUGGUGCAGCACCGCCGCACUCACACCGGGGAGAAGCCGUACAGGUGCGGCCACUGCGGCAAGAGCUUCUCCUGGAGCUCCAACCUUAUCCAGCACCAGCGCAUUCACACCGGGGAGCGCCCGUAUGGUUGCGCUGAAUGCGGCAAGAGCUUCACGCAGAGCAAGAACCUCAUCAAGCACCAGCGCACCCACGCCGGGCCGGGGGCAGCGCGGCCGCGGCGCUGCGCCCACCCCGUGGGUGCCCCGAGGGCGCUGAAGGGGUCUCGGGCGGGGGGCGAGGGCGAGGGGUCUGCGGGGGCUGAGGGCGGCUGCGGGCAGGAGCCGCUGAUCUGUGUGGAGUGCGGGGAGAGCUUCGCCCGGAGCGCCGCGCUCAGGAGGCACCGCCGGGGGCACCGCCCGCUCUUCGUGCCCUGAGGGGACAGUGUGGGGACAGUGCCCACUCUUCAUGCCCUGAGGGAACGUGAGGACACUGUGGAGAGGGCACAGGGACAGUGGGGCGCUGUCCUUUCACCGCUGUGGGCACUGCCCGCUCUUUGUGCCCUGAGGGGCAGGGGAACAGUGGCACCGGGCCAUGGGGACACACGAAUCGUUGGGGCACUGCCUGCUCUUCAUGCCCUGAGGGGACACCGCCGUGGGGACGCAAGGACAGUUGGGCAGUGCUCUGGCAGCGUCCGCUGUUGGUGACCUACGGGGACACAGAGACAAUGGGACAUCCAGGUGGGGGACACCGGGACUGUGCCACCGUGCGAGGAGACACAGGCAGUGGUUCUUGGGCAGGACGUGGUGACAGAGCUGGGGUCACACAAGUUACGCCACAGGUGAGGGAAUGUGGUGACAACAAGCUGAGACACAGUGGGGGGCCACCUGGACUGGGACAAGGGCAGGACACUGUGACUCCAAGGGGGAGAACACAUGGACAGGACAGAGUGACACAGAGCUGAUGUCCCCAAGCCCACCCCCUGCCCUGUAUCACCCUCAGUGCCCCUCGCUGUUCCCUGUCGGUACCACAUCCCAGAGCUGUAAAUAGGGGAAGGGGGGAGGGACAAAGAGGUGGGACCCCCGGGGAUGGGAGGGGACC